AUAUUCUUUUCUGGUAUUUUCCUCUACUUAAUCGCAUAUNUACGGUAAAAAUAUUAAAUUUAUUUUCCAAUUUCCCGCAGGUCAAACAGAACAGGAUACAGGCGAUUUUACAUUGUGUGUGAAUCCUUUGUCGACCGACAAUCGCUCUCACCCAUCGCCAGCGCUUUUACCGCCCGUAGUGUGAACCCGCCUUAAUGUUUACGUACACGAGUAGCUGAGUCAGUUUGAAAGAGAAGUAAAUAAAGUAAAUUAGACGCCGCCAUCAGUUUGUAAGAUGAUAACAAUAGCGCAUCUCGUUUCAUGGGCAACCGUGUUUAAACGUCGCUUAAAAUCAACGUAGAUUUUCUAUUUCGUUUUGAAAAUAAUAGAUGCGGUUAAAGGUGUAUAAUAACCCGAUUUUUUUACUAAGAAUGUUAAUUUAUAGAAAGUAUUUCUCAAUUUCACCCUUUCUGUCUGUUUUAUUCUUUCCAGCCGUCUGAAGAUAUUUUUAAGUUUAAUUUAAGUUUUCUCUGAUGCCGGAUCGAUAGCAAAACUUCAAUAUGGAUUGGGAUUAUUUUACUGCAGCCAUGUUUGCUGUUGCGGUGACUUUAAGCACGUAUUACGGGAGCAGUGGAGCUCAGUUCAAGGUCGUUGAAUCAUUCAACUGUAACGACCCUCGAUCUGUGGAAAGGAUCCAUGUCUCGUCACCAUGCGGCGCUGUUGCUUCCCCAUGUUACCCCCAACCAACCCCGGAGCUUGGAGAGGGAAGGAAGGGAUGGGUGGUUGAUGCUGGGGGUUGGGGGCGCAAAGUGGCAGGUUAUCGAUUAAGUUUUCAAGAUUUUAACAUCGGCGACCAACCAUCAACCUUCAUCAUCGGGAAAGCCGCCGAAACACUCAGCAAUGGACUGCUUAAUGUUACCGGGGACAUCACCGUAAAUGGACAGAUUGAUGGGGGAAUCACCGUUGUAGAGAACGGAAGAAAGACUUUGAAAACGAACGAAAACUUCCUUGACGUUGAUUUUAUGAAGAUCUUCCUAACUUUUAAUACAAGCGGUUCAACGACAGACCAGGGUCAACGGUUUUAUAUCACAUUCUGUGCAGACUUUGAUAAAUGUAGUGAUCAUGAGGAAUAUUGCAAACAUGGUGGAACUUGUGUUCGAGAUGGGUUCAAGAAAUAUCGAUGUAAAUGUAAAGCGGGUUUCAUUGGGAAUCGCUGUGAAAGUGAUCGUCCGCCAGAUGGCGAAUGUAACAACGCAGAAGGUGGCGACAAAAGUAAAGGUCGAGUAAAACUAUGCGAGUCAUCCCGUUGUAUUAAGCGACUACCACCCAAAGAAACCGAGGAAUUGACACCAAUGGAAACAACGCCUGCUAAACCAAUGUCUCCAUACUCUAGCUACCUUGGGUUUCCUCGAGUUAACUUUGGAGGAGAAAUCAACUUUGACGCCAGCACAAACAAUAACCAGAAAUGUACUUUUGACAACGAAUUCUUCUCCGUUAGUGAACUGUCAAAGGACUACGUAAUAGUUGGGCACGAAACAAAUCGAUACAACAGAUACCCAACUGAAGGAAACAAUUGGAACCCAGACGGUGGCAACCAUUUUAGAUUUUACAACACAACCGUAACUUCUACGUGCACAUCUAAUGGUCGUUGUAGCACAACAGACGCUAUCGUUGGAGCUGUGUUGAAAGGCGCAACAACCGCUGUGUUGGUGGACUUUGACGUUGAUUGGCAAAUAGUUCCCGGGUUUUGGGGUUUAACUGUGCAUAUACCCGGGAUGUUUAGGGGAAAGUUCACACCGUCUCGACUGCAACGCAUGAGCGUCAGGAACACAACAUCGAAUACGGAAGGCAAGGGCUACACUGUGGGCCUCGCAGGGAGGUAUAAAAGCAAACUGACGGACGUAGAAUGGGAGAGCGAAUAUUACAAAAAGAUGUUCAAAUCCGUAGACACGUUGUCGAUACGUUUCGUUCUCGAUCUGUACGAUCAAUUCUCCCACAACGCAAGAAUCACCGGAAGCAUCGGUUUGACGUCCGACCUCGAUCCUCUGGAAACGACGGGCGAAAGGUUGUUGAUUGCGGAGAAUCCCAACUUAGCCCCGGCCCCCUUUUGCUAUGUGGAUAAUUCGAAACAUGCACUACUUUCAAUUGAUCUAAGCAUGAUAUUUGAAGCAGAUUUAGAUGGAAACUUUGAUACUUCUGCUUCAAUGUAUCUGGGAAUCUUGCCUUUUAUUUGCUCAGCAGAAAACCUUGAUUGUAUAACUCCAUUAAGUAUUGAACCAAUUAAACUGAACGAUGGGGCCUGGUAUAACGUGUAUGGGGGAAUUACUGAUUUGAGAUUCCAGAGCACCAUUGUUGACAUAAAUCACCGGUUGGUUAUUUACAUGGAAGAUGGCAAGAAAAAAAGAACAUUGGUAGCAGUGGAGCCAGAGCAUGGAAUUCAAAUUGGGUUGACGAACAACCUUGGAAGGAAGUUAAAUGUUGGUGAGCAAGCUGAGUUUGGAGCGUUCGUGACCAAGUUAGGACGGCCAGUGGUUGGAGCUUCUUUGGAUAUUGGAGUUGUUGCUGCAAACAGCUCAACAGACUGUGGAAGACCAACAUGCCAUAAUGAGUUGUCUGUGCCUCUUGAUGUGAUAUCAAUAAGCAAACCUGCACCAACAGACAAUGAUGGGAGAACCACCUUCACAGUUACUGCUGUAAAGAAUCCAAACAGUCCGCGUGGUUGUGGUUUAGACGGGCAAAUUUAUCCAAUGCGGGUGUUUUACAAGUACUUGGACUCUGAAGAUCCAUCCAACAUGAGGGCGGCUGUUUGUUAUUUUAAUCCUUCCGCAACAGAUGGUGACCUAAGAAAGCAGAAUGUGAGAAAGAUGGAAGCAAGAUAAUAAACAUCGAUACUUUAAAACCGAUCACUAAGGUUUAUGAUGAAGUUGAAGUAAAAGAUAAACCAACAUGGUUUGAUGUUAGAGAUAUUUUCAUCCAAUAUUACAACCUGUACCCUGUUAUGUGGAAGAAUGGGAUAAUAGACUUGCAUUCAUACAGGGACAUUAGGAAAAAUAAUGCUAUGUUGGAAUACGCGAUGUUUGAAUUAAAUAUCUCAGAUCCAAGAUAUAUGCCAGUCACGCGUGAUUUAUCAAAGAGCAAACAAAGGCUGAUCAAGACUUGGAUGGACACCGGCAUGCCGUACAGUUACCCACCAGAUGAGCAUAAUAUAAAUACAUAUUCAUGCAAUCCCGAUGCCAUCCCUGCCCAAGUGGCUGAACUUCGAAGGUUGGGGCAAGCGGCAAUCAUUACUGAGUUAACCACUAUACCCCCUUAUGUAACUGCAUGGUUGAGUUUGCAAACAGAGUUUGGUAGAAAUGUUGAAGUUGCUGGGAUUAUAAAGUCGGUGUUCGUGGAAGAGAUGCUUCAUCUUUCACUGGCUGCUAACUUCAUGAAUUCAGUAAGUUGUUAUAACAUAGAUGCUCUCAUAUGCAUAUACCAUGGGUAGGCAUGCAUCCAUAUUGUAAAAAAUCUGAGUACACAUACCAAC